AUGGUCAACUAUCUCAAACACUUUGUGUUCCUGGUCUUCGGAGCUCAGCUGGCCACCGGGCAAGCUGUGUCAACUGCAGCGGCACAUUCGACAGGAUGGAAUUCCAGUUUUGAGCUCAGCCCCGAUCAGUUCAAGCUGGCCAAUCUGACAAGUGAUAUGGGCACCAUCAUCAACACGAUUACCAAUUUUGACCGGUCUCAGCUUGCAAACGGCGGAGCACAUGAGGAUGACUUUUACAAUGUCCAAAGCCUGCCCAAUAACCAGUGGCCCAGAGAGCCAGGGAAGACCGUCAAGCUCCAAGAGUUCACGGACCCAUCACCGUUCUCUAUUCCCGCAAAGACAGCCAUGUCUCGCAUUAUCUAUAGCACAACCAAUGCAAACGGUACAUUGAUCCCUGCUUCCGCCUAUAUCCUCUGGCCGUAUCAAUCAAAAGUUCUUCGAGGAAUAAACCACACCUCUGCAUCAUCUGCACCCGUUGUGCUAUGGACACACGGAACCUCAGGCUUCUAUGCCAACGGAGCUCCCUCGACGCACCGUGGCCUGUUUUACGCCGACAUCGUGCCAUUUGCGCUGGCCGAGGCUGGAUACGUUGUCGUUGCCCCGGAUUAUGCAGGGCUUGGGGUAGACGUCUCCUGGGAUGGGAGUCACAUCCCACACCAGUACUUUGUUCGCGAAGCCGGUGCUUACGAUGCUCUUAACGCUGUGAGAGCGGCUCAGGAGUCCUUUCCAAAGCGACUCUCAAGCGACUACGUGGUCAUGGGCCACAGCCAGGGCGGUGCGGUUGCUUGGGGCCUUUCGGAAAUUCUUGGUCGGAGUGAUACCAAGUUUGAAGAUGUUGCGAAAGGUUACCGCGGUGCUGUCAUUGCCGCGCCACCGACCGACGCAUUGUCCUUUACCUCCGCCGGCUUUCUAGCGUGGAUAGCAAAGCACCUUGACCAGAUCUAUCCGUCCUUUAACCUGAGUGACUGGUUCACUCCGCUUGGCACGAGCCGAAUAAAGCUUCUGAACGAGGUCGAAGGAUCCCAAAUGGUUACAUUUGCCAUGUUCAGCCCUGACGAGCUGAUCCUGCAGCCUGGUUGGCACGAGACUUGGUAUACUAAAGCUUUCGAACAACUAGCCAACCCUGGGAAGCGACCUUUCAAAGGACCGCUUCUUGUCAUCCAAGGAACAGCAGACCCAACAGUGCCGUACAACACGACCAAGACUACCGUGCAAGAGACAUUUGAGAUGUACCCUGGGGAUCUGGAGCUUUUGUCUGUUCCGCAAGGAAGUCAUUUCUCCGCCAUCAACGCGGCAAAGCAGACCUGGCUGCGGUGGAUUGAAGAGCGAUUCGAGCAGCGACCUGUGGCCAAGCGGGGUUACGUUGAGUCCCAGUUGGACAGCCUCUUGCCUCUGGAGCAUUAUCAAGUGCUUCCAAACUCUUUCCCGCUGUGGGCUGGGGAGUCACAGUGGUCUUACGAGCUGCCGACAGCAUUGUGA